AUGCCAGUGGCAUCGUCCUCCCAAUCGGCGCAAGCUGGCGCGGUGCCCUCUGCCCAGGAGGAGAAUGCAGAGCUUGCAAAGUUCAGAGCUGAAUGGCUAGAAGAGCUUCAGAGGCGGAAGGAUGAGGCCUCAGGGGCCUCCAAGAACUCCGCUCCCACUGGCUCAACCUCGAGUACCCAGGUCAAUAGAGCUGGGCAGCCGACCACAGGCGUACUCCAAUUUGAUACAUUUAAAAUCCAGGAAAACUUGGCUGUUUCUGCUGCCAGAGAUACCGCCGCUACAACGCCCCCUGCCUUGACACAUCCAGCAGUGCGCGACGGCGCAAUCCAACCUCCUCCUCAAACUUUUCCUAUUUUGGAAAAAGCGCUCAAAGCAUACAGACAAGCUGUAGACUAUGAGCAAAAGGGAAAUUAUGACGAAGCGCUUGUAUUAUACCGACAGGCAUUCAGAUUGGAUGAUAAUGUCGAUCGCGCAUAUCGUCGCGAAGAGAAGCUUAAGGCUAUAGUGAGGGAGCAGCAAGCACUCCAGGCACCAAAACCUGCUACCGAAAUAGAUGAACUGGCAGAAAAUUUCAAAGAAGGAGCAAGAAUUACUAGCCCACCUAUAUUGAAGAAAGGGCAUGGAAUUACUGGCACAAUCGCAAGCAUCGUGGCCCCAUUCCUGGAGAACGCGCUUCAGUUUGAACCUGAGAAAGAAGGCGAACCCGUGCUAUUAAACAUGUUGCCUGAAGAGUUGCUUGUGGUAAUUUUGGGAAAUUUAGAUCCCACGUCUAUUGAACGGUUUGCGAAAGUUAGUAAGAAGGCAAGGGUAGUCAGCUUGGAUCCAGGAAUAUGGAGAAAGCUUGUUCAAAGAACCUACUUACCGCCUCAAAUUCCAGACUACGAUGUCAUUGUUCCUGUGAUUGAAAAGUUCUCUUGGGAUUUUCGUCGUGUCUACAUUGAACAACCUCGUUUGCGCCUGGAUGGAGUAUAUAUCGCAACAUGCCACUAUGUGCGACCUGGUCUCAGCGAGAAUUCAUGGGUCAAUACGAGCCAUCUCAUAACUUACCACCGCUACUUACGGUUCUAUCCCAACGGGCUUGUUCUUUCUUUGCUGGCUAACGAAGAGCACUCCCCACAAUCUAUCAUUCCUCUUCUAAAGCCAACUUUGCGAAUGAACGGUCUUUUCUCCGGUCAAUGGACUCUGAACGGUACCAUUGUGCAGCUAACAAACCUCCUCGACGCAAGCGGCCGAUUCUCCACGUCUCUGCCCUCAUCUGACGGUGUAUUAUCUGGGGGCGUGUCUCGAGUCUCUGGCCAUAGCCACGGCAAUGCCAACAGCACGAGCGACAGAUCAGACCAGGAACCACGCUAUACAUUCUCAAUGACGCUCAACCUUCGAUCCCGCCCGCUCGGCCGGUGGAAUAGGAUGGACAUUGAGAGCUACGAUUCGGUCAAUAUAGAGACGGGUGAUGUCUACCCCAUCAUGCUUAAGCAUGAGAGGCCGUUUUGGUUCUCCAAGGUCCGGUCUUACUCUUAG